AUGCCUCAUAUACAGGAUCGAAAUACAAUAACAAGUAUCCAGUCUGAGAACGAAGAGACGCAAAACGAAACGGUUACUUCGCCAGUUACUACGCCCAACGAAACAAUUAACACCGAUGAACAGCAGCAGCAGGAAGAUCGCUCACCAGCUAUUAGUGAACCAAAUUUUACGCCACCUGCUGAUCCGAAUACAUAUCCCCCGUCAACUGCACAAUUCACUCGUUCCGGCAACCGCAAUCGCAAUGCAACCGUUGCAACUGCACACAAUCGCCGUCGUAUAGUGCCACAAUCCCAGUCCUCUGCGUCAAGCGCAUUAGUGGAAUACAUUCUAAAAAAUAAAAAAAAGUCCAACACACAAGACAUUCAUCCUAUUGAUGCUUUCUUCAACGGUUUGGAAGCCAUCAUAAAAUGUUUUCCCCUUACUAUCAGCAUCUUGCAAAAGGAAGAAUAUUUGCAGUAG